AGAAGUGCUCCGACACCGAUGCUGAGGACUUAACUCGAGUUCAUGGACCGGCAUCGUUUGAAAAAGUCUCUUUUAAAAUGACGCAUCCCCGCUAAAGAAGGAGGACCCGAGGGAGGAGGAGGACGAUGGGUACCGAUGGAGUUUCUCCCCAAGCUCUGCUGUGGCUCAGCCUGAGCGGUUUGAGCUCCCUGGUGUCACCACUAAACCCCGAUGAUCCCAAUGUGUGCAGCCACUGGGAGAGUUAUGCAGUGACGGUGCAGGAGUCUUACGCCCAUCCGUUUGACCAGGUUUACUACACCCGAUGCACCGACAUCCUCAACUGGUUCAAAUGCACGAGACACAGGAUCAGCUACAAGACCGCCUACAGGAGAGGUGUAAGGACCAUGUACAGACGGCGCUCUCAGUGUUGUCCAGGCUUCUAUGAAAGUGGAGAACUGUGUGUUCCACUGUGCACAGAAGAGUGUGCCCAUGGACGAUGUGUCUCUCCUGAUACUUGCCAGUGUGAGCCAGGAUGGGGAGGACUGGACUGCUCCAGUGGCUGCGAGAGUGACUUCUGGGGUCCACACUGCAGUAACCGGUGUCAGUGCCGCAACGGUGCCAAAUGUAACCCGAUAACAGGAGCGUGUGUCUGCACUGAUGGCUACCAGGGCUGGCGCUGUGAGGAGCACUGUGACCCCAAAUUCUAUGGCAAAGACUGCCUGCUGGAGUGCCAGUGCCUUAAUGGCGCUACCUGCCAUCACCAGACUGGCGAGUGCCUCUGCGCACCUGGAUACACUGGGGCCUUCUGUGAGGAACCGUGUCCUCCAGGUAAACAUGGCCCCCUGUGUGAGCAUCACUGUCCCUGUCAGAACGGUGGAACGUGUCACCACGUCACUGGGGAGUGUUCCUGUCCUGCUGGCUGGAUGGGUCCAGUGUGUGCCCAGCCGUGUCCAUUUGGAUCUUUUGGCAUUAAUUGCUCCCAGGAGUGCACGUGUCGUAACGGAGGGCUAUGUGACCACAUCAGCGGUCAGUGCCAGUGCACAGCUGGCUACAUUGGAGAAAGUGGCAUCACUGGAGCUUGUAUCUGUGCACCAGGAUACAUAGGUGACGACUGCUCUAUCAGCUGUCUCGCAGGUCUGUACGGGAUCAACUGCUCCUCAUCGUGCUCCUGCCAAAACGAGAUCUCCUGCUCACACAUUGAUGGUUCCUGCAUCUGCGGAGAAGGUUGGCAGGGUGUCGACUGCUCCAUCCCUUGCUCCAGUGGAACGUGGGGACUGAGCUGCAAUCAGACGUGUCAGUGUGCCAACGGGGCAGCUUGCAACCCCGUCAGUGGAACCUGUGCUUGCUCCCCAGGCUGGACGGAUGAAUACUGUGACGUAGCUUGUCCUGAUGGAUCGUACGGCUUGGAUUGCAGAGAGAAAUGUGACUGCGUUAACUCCGAUGGCUGUGAUCCAGUUACGGGUUUCUGCCGCUGUCUUGCAGGUUGGACGGCAUGUUCUCCUGGCUUCUACGGCCAUCGUUGCAGUCAGAUGUGUCCUCAGUGUGUCCACAGCGAUGGGGCGUGCCACCACAUCACCGGCCACUGCAAAUGUCUCGCUGGAUUUUUUGGCUCCCUCUGCAAUGAAGUAUGUCCCAGCGGAAAGUUUGGUAAAGCCUGUGCCGAGACCUGCUUGUGCACUAAUAACGGCACUUGUAACCCCAUCGAUGGCUCCUGUCAGUGUUACCCUGGAUGGACCAGCGAAGACUGUUCUAAGCCAUGUCCUUGGGGCUCAUGGGGCCUUGACUGCAUCCACACAUGUAACUGUCUCAAUGGAGCUCAGUGCAGCGCUACAGAUGGGGAGUGUAUCUGCAGCCCUGGAUGGACAGGACUCUACUGUACUCAGCGCUGUCCUGCAGGUUUCUACGGGUCUCGCUGUGCUGAGGUGUGUCGCUGUCAGAAUGGAGCAGACUGUGACCACAUCACGGGACAGUGCUCCUGCAGGACAGGCUUUAUAGGACACAGCUGUGAGCUCAAGUGUCCCGCGGGGACAUUUGGCUACGGCUGCCAGCAGCUGUGUGAGUGUAUGAACAAUGCCACCUGUGACUACGUGACCGGAACCUGCUACUGCAGCAUCGGCUUUAAAGGCAUCCGUUGUGACCAGGCGGCCUUAAUGAUGGAGGAGCUGAACCCCUACACCAAGAUGAGCCCAGCUCUGGCGUCGCAGCGGCAGUCGACGGGCGCUGUCCUGGGCAUCGUCUUCCUGCUGCUGAUGAUCAUGGCCAUGCUCGCUCUGGUGGUCUGGUUCCGUUAUCGACAACGAGAGAAAGGCCACCGUGUGCCUAGCGUCACCUACACACCCGCCCUGAACAUCAGCUCCACUGACUACUCCCUCUCAGGGCUGCACUGCACAGGCCUGCUCUCUUCUUCAGAGUCCUCUCCCAGUAGCAGCUCUUUAGGUGGCUGCUUCUCCAACCCCAGCUACCGCACCCUGGGCUCCUGCACCUAUGCCACACACUAUGCCAAGCCAGAUAAGAGGAGUUUCGCCAAGGUGGGUUCAAAAACCUUUUAUAUUUUGCCCUGGGAAAGCUUUUGUUUGUUUAAUGAUGCAGGUGUUUACUGCAUUAAUCAACGUUACAGCUACCACAUGGAGCCACGCUACAGAGACUAUGUGAAGAGUUCGUUGUCCAGCACCUGUUCCCUCAACAGUGAAAACCCGUACGCCACCAUAACCGACAACCCCAGUCUAUGUAAGCACUCAGAGAGCAGCUACGUGGAGAUGAAAUCACCAGCACACCAUGAACACGCGACACACGGCUGUUCUGCUACCAUCAUCAGUACGACGACAACCACCACUGUGCCUGCCAAGAAUGUCUACAACAUGGAACCAACCAUAAGUAUCGUGCCGGCAAGUGGUGCUGCAGUGGUUCCCAGUUACCCUCAGAACCCCUACGACCUCCCCAGGAACAGCCACAUCCCGAGCCACUACGACCUGCUGCCAAUGCGCCCCAGCCCCUCCCACAGCCACAGCCUCACCCUGAACAGCUGCAGCCCCCCACUGCCCGGCAGCCCCACCAGUUCCCUGCUCUAGGGCCCCCCAACAGGCUCCAGUGCGCUCAAACUAAGAAACUAUGAAAGUAGAAAGUGUUUUGACACUGAUGAGUAAAUACAGGUUGAUAUUUAAAGGAUGGAGAAAAUGUGUUGCUGGGACUAAAACUUACUUAUUUAUUUUCUAAGUAGCAUUUUAUUUGUUUGUUUUGUUUGUUUUGCAGCGUCCAGACUGCCAGACGGCUGUUUGACAUUUUACUAUGAUAUACCAACCAGUCUGAGCUGUUUUGUGUCAGUCACCAGUACAUCUUCAUGUUCUUAAUUUCACACCAAAAUUGCCAGCAGCGGGGUAAUACAAGUACAUAUACACAUAAAUAUACUCGUUUCAGCGAUUCAUCUCGACUCAGAAGAUGAAUGUCAAAAAAGAAACUGACUUGCUCGCGUAAAGACUGCAACGGCUGUGCCAAAGAAAGGACUGAGACCCACUGUACAUGUGCAAAGACUUUAUUUACUAGCAUGUUAGGUCCAAAUGAACAUGUGGGCAUCACGGUUGUGCUGUGGGAAAGAAAUCCAAUGGACUCGUCUGAAGAAAAGGCUCUAUCCUUUUAUUUCCCCAGAAAAAAGGACAGAAAAAAGAUAACUGGACUAUCUUCAGACUUACAGCACCUGUAUAGUAUUUUAUACACACUGUUUCUUAUUUCAUGUUUACAUAUUUAAAGAUCCUGCUGGGGUUCAUGUUUUGCUCAGAAACGUUAUUUUUUGUAUGUACUGUAGACAAAGUGGUGUAUUUGAUGUACACUUACUGUACACAUAGUGAUUAUAGUUGUAAUUUAUUUUCUUUAUGUUGAGUUUAUUAUACAUGCAUGUGAAAAGGUGAUUCAGGGCAUAAUGGUUAGUGAGGAAUACCCUUAUUGUUUGGCUUUUAUUGUGAUCAUGGUCAGACGACUGAGCUCGUUUGCUGAUAAUUGUCAUGCUACUGUGGACAUGCCAUUUGGAACAUACUUCUUGGAAAUAUAAAUAUAUUUUAGGUUGGAAGUUGUGGUUACAACAGUUCUGUAGGCAAAUUCCCCCUUCCCUGAUUUUAUUGUAGAGUCGCUAGAGGCGUGUUACUAAACACAAUUAGAUGUGUUUUCAUGUAGCUCUUACAAAAAUGUGUUACGCAACGUAGCAGUAACUUUAACAUGAUAGACAUGCAAUCACUUUAAGUAUUCAGACUGCUCUCCUUUUUUACAAAUUAUAGAUUUACAUUAUAAUUGAUGAAAUGAUCGAUUUUCAGUUAUAUUUAUUCAUCACCUAAUGCUUAGAAAUGUUUGAAUGAGUUCAACUAAUGUUAUUUUAACCCAACCAGUUAACUAAAACAAGCUGAAGAC